AAUGAAGAUCUUAGAAUCUGGAGUCAGACACUCAGGUUUAAAUAUCGGCUCUCCUACUUUCUGGCUCCAUGGCCUGGGCGACGUUACACCUCGAAGCCCAUUUCCUUCUCCACAAAAAGAAGGAUUUUUAAAAAAAUGGAUUUGGCCAACCAUGGACUUAUUCUCCUGCAACAGCUAAACGCUCAGCGAGAGUUUGGUUUCCUGUGUGACUGCACGGUUGCCAUCGGCGAUGUGUACUUCAAGGCACACAAAUCAGUUCUUGCUUCAUUCUCCAAUUACUUUAAGAUGUUGUUUGUCCAUCAGACCAGUGAAUGUGUCCGUCUGAAACCGACCGACAUCCAGCCCGACAUUUUCAGCUACCUCUUACACCUGAUGUACACCGGGAAGAUGGCGCCGCAGCUCAUCGACCCUGUGCGCCUGGAGCAGGGGAUCAAGUUCCUCCACGCCUACCCUCUGAUCCAAGAGGCCAGCCUGGCCAGCCAGGGCGCCUUCUCCCACCCCGACCAGGUGUUCCCGCUGGCCAGCUCCCUGUAUGGCAUCCAGAUCGCAGACCAUCAGCUGCGACAGGCCGCCAAGAUGGCUCCGAUGCCUGAGAAGCUCGGGCGAGAGCCCCGGCCCCAGACCUCCCGGGUGAGCCAGGAGCAGGUGCCCGAAGCCACGCAGCUCUCCCAGCUGACUUCCAAUCUGCCCCAGGUCAGCCGGACACACAUGACCCCCUCGGACCCCCUGCAGACCUCCCUGUCUCCAGAACUCGUUUCCACUCCCGUUCCUCCCCCCGCCGCCGGGGAGGAGGCCAACCUGGAAGCCUCUUCCUCCGACGAGCAGCCCGCCCCCCUCACCAUCGCCCACGUCAAGCCGAGCAUCAUGAAGCGGAACGGCAGCUUCCCCAAGUACUACGCCUGCCACCUGUGCGGGCGGCGCUUCAGCCUGCGCAGCAGCCUGCGGGAGCACCUGCAGAUCCACACCGGGGUGCCCUUCACGGCCGGCCCGCCCGGGGAGGGCCGCGGGCCCCUGUCUCUCUGCAGCAACGCCGUGGACCUGGGGAAGGACGCCGCGGAGGCGCCCGAGGCCGGGAUGAUCAGCGACAGCGAGCUGCAGCACAUCUCCGACUCCCCCAUCAUCGAUGGCCAGCAGCACUCGGAGACGCCGCCGCCCUCGGACAUCGCAGACAUCGACAACCUGGAGCAGGCGGACCAGGAGCGGGAGGUCAAGCGGCGGAAGUACGAGUGCACCAUCUGCGGGCGCAAGUUCAUCCAGAAGAGCCACUGGCGGGAGCACAUGUACAUCCACACCGGGAAGCCCUUCAAGUGCAGCACCUGCGACAAGAGCUUCUGCCGGGCCAACCAGGCCGCCCGGCACGUGUGCCUCAACCAGAGCAUCGACACCUACACCAUGGUGGACAAGCAGACCCUGGAGCUCUGCACGUUCGAGGAGGGCAGCCAGAUGGACAACAUGCUGGUACAGACGAACAAGCCCUACAAGUGCAACCUGUGCGACAAGACGUUCUCCACUCCCAACGAGGUUGUCAAACACUCCUGCCAAAACCAGAACUCGGACGUCUUCGCCCUGGACGAGGGGCGGUCCAUCCUCCUGGGCAGCGGGGACUCUGAAGUCACGGAGCCCGACCACCCCGUGUUAGCGAGCAUUAAAAAGGAGCAGGAAACGGUGUUGUUAGACUGAAUGUUACGUAUCUUUUUAGAACUGUCAUUUUUUUUACAAAGACUGUCUUCCUUCCCUUUCCCGAUUCAGAACUAUCGUUCUCCGUGGCAUGAUACGAGAGGUCCCAGGUCCCUUGCCCCUCUCCUUGCCCGUGUCCCCAGCCCCUCCUCCCCCUCCUCCCCCUCCUUCGUAAGGCUCUGUGCAUUAUAAACCUGGAACAUUUGCUUUCAUUCAGGGGACAUCGGAAAGAUUAUAGCCAGUAGUACUUGUACACUCAAAUGGGUUUUGAGUCUUAGAUUAUUUAAAAGCAUACUUGCUUGGAACUAAUGAAGGGUAUUUAACAAAACCAAACAACCAGAAUGCAAUUUGGUAAGCUAGAAUUAUGACCUUCCCCGGGUAGUGUCUUCCUUCUCAGAAAAACAGUGUCAGGAAACCCAGCAUGCUUCUUGGAGACACAGCUGGGCUCUUUACUAUGCAAAGUCUCGGGUGGAAAACCUUAAACCCAAGAGAACACUCUUAGUACCCAUCCUCCAGGUGUCUCAUUUCAGAACGCGUUCUUUGAAAUUAUGUCCAGUCAAGAAAAAUCAUUAGUUAAGAAACCUCCUUGAAAAAAACACAGGAAAAAAAGUAAUAAUGUGAUGGCAAUCUUAAUUUUUGGAUAAAACAUGACAAGCUGUGAGUUUGUGUGUUUGUAAGAGAACGUGUGAUCCUUGCGACAAACAGGUGAAUUAAUGCACAUGCCUUAUCUAAUUGCUGGCUUCUUUCAAAGUUGAACAACAGAGUACUGUAUUUUCAUUUUUGAUAAACGUGUUGGUUUUAAAAAUCAGAUUGAAAGUGCUAUUCUGUCGAUGGUCUUUCUGAAUAGAGUUGACAUGCCAUUCUAGCAGUUGCCAGUGGUACAUUUGUAUUAGCACCAACCUGCUGCUGUUAAAUCAGUGUGUCUACUGCAGGAAAAGGGAUACAGGAUCUCAUAGGGGAAGCUGUGAGCAGAACAUGGGAGCCUUAAGGGUUUUUAAAAUUAAUGCUAAUAGUUUACUGGCAACACUCAUUGAAAACAUCAAAAAUGGCAAAGAGAAAUCAGGACCAAAAAAACCUAAUUACUUUUUGGGAAAAAACAUGACUUUGAUAUUUAGUCUCCAGUUUUUUUAACACCUGAAGUUUCCUCUAUUGGCCUGAGAACAGUAAAAUUGGUCCAUUAGUCUUUCCUUGGGACAAAACAGGAGCCAGAAGUAAGGACCGAAGGGGAGAGGGGAGAACAAUAGCAAUGCCGUAUACGUAUAUGUUAAAACUGACCAUCCCAUCAUCCUAUUUCAUGUAUAGUUGAGUUCUAAGAUUUGUAAGUUUUUAUACAUACUUUCAUUAAAUAAACAUUUAAUUAAAUGGGU